AUAUAUACAUUUUUUUUUCUUUUUGCUUAAUGUCGGUCUCCCCUUACUGCUGGAAGCCAGAUGUCAAAUUUUCAGACGGCUACUAAUUGUUACCGGCGGGCGGUGACAUUUUAAGGGGCGCUUGCUAUUUUUGCAAAGUGUUUUUUGUGCAAAAAGAUACCGCUCUUAUAAAAAUUCUUCCACUGCAACAGAUCCUCGCUAACAUGUUGAGGAAACUGCUGUCGUGCUUUUUCCUGUACUGUCUAUGUGUUGAGACCCCGCCGACAGUGUUGGCCGGGUCAGCGCCCAGCGCUGCUAAAACUUUGGUGUGGGGACCUGGACUGGAGGCAAAUAUUGUGCUUCCGGCCCGUUUCUUCUUCAUACAAGCGGUGGACAGCGGUGGGAGAAACUUUACAUCAUCCCCCGGUGAGAAUACCUUUGAGGUGAAAAUUGUCGUUCCGGGUGAACCGUUCUCUCGGAUCUGGGUUCAGGUUCUGGACCGUAGAGAUGGGUCCUUCCUGGUACGCUACAGAAUGUAUGCCAGCUACCCUUCCCUGCACAUCGAGGUCCUCCUCAAGGGAAAACACGUGGCCAAGUCCCCUUUUAUUCUCAAAGGGCCUGUGUAUCACGAGGGUUGUGACUGUCCCGAGUUGAGUGGGGAUGUGUGGCAGGAACACAUGCACUGCCCCUCCUCCAUCCCCCAAAUCCUGCGGGACCUGGCCCUCUUCCCCACCGUGGACCCUGACCGCAAUGCCCAGGACGUCCCACGCCGCUUCGGACAGAGGCAGAGUCUCUGCCACUACACCAUAAAAGAUAAUAAGGUCUACAUCAAAACCCAUGGAGAGCAUGUGGGCUUCAGAAUUUUCAUGGACGCCUUCUUGCUCUCUCUCACCAGGAAAGUGAAGCUGCCGGAUGUGGAAUUUUUUGUGAACCUUGGGGACUGGCCCCUGGAAAAGAGGAGGCCCCCGGAGACAGUGCACCCCAUCUUUUCCUGGUGUGGCUCCAACGACACACGUGACAUUGUCAUGCCAACCUACGACCUCACAGAGUCUGUGCUGGAGACAAUGGGCAGGGUGAGCCUGGACAUGAUGUCGGUGCAGGCGAACACGGGCCCCCCCUGGGAGGAGAAGAACACCACGGCCUUCUGGAGGGGGAGGGACAGCCGGAAGGAGCGGCUGGAGCUUGUCAAGCUGGGCCGGGCGCACCCGGACCUCAUCGACGCCGCCUUCACCAACUUCUUCUUCUUCAAGCACGACGAGAGCCUCUACGGGCCACUGGUCAAGCAUGUCUCCUUUUUCGACUUCUUCAAGUUCAAAUACCAGAUCAAUGUUGAUGGCACAGUUGCGGCCUACAGGCUGCCGUACCUGCUGGCUGGGGACAGCGUGGUCCUGAAGCAGGACUCGUUGUAUUACGAGCACUUCUACAGUGACCUCAAACCCUGGGAGCACUACAUCCCCUUCAAGAGCGACCUCAGCGACCUUCUGGAGAAGAUCCGCUGGGCCAGAGAUCAUGAUGAGGAGGUGAGGAGAAUAGCCAAGUCCGGCCAGGAGUUUGCACGAGCACAUCUCAUGGGGGACAAUAUAUUCUGCUACUACUAUAAACUUUUCCAGGAAUACUCUACACGCCAAGUUAGUGAACCGAAGGUUCGAGAGGGAAUGGAGCCGGUAGAACAGCCAAAAGAUGACCUUUUCCCAUGCUUCUGUCAGAGGAGGGAGGCCAAGGACGAACUUUAAUUGGCAGAUAUCCC